AAAUCACAACCUUCUUAUGUUCAUAUCAAAUGUGUUCCGUUAAAACAAAAAGUUGAAAAACCCAACAUAACUGAAUGACAGAAAGUUAUAACUUUCAUAGUCUUCGAUAAGAAAAGCCGGCUUUAAAGUUGUUGGUCUCGCUAUAAACGCUAUAAAAAAGCAUCAGCAUCAGGUUCUACCUACAUAAUUCUAAAUAAGUCUUAGUUUAUUUUUGGCUUUUGGAUUUUACCGUGUGUGAACUCAUAAAAAUCUUCUUUUUUUUUGUCUUAUUUGGGACGGUUUUUUGAACUUGCAAGACCUCCUUUUUAUUCUGUUUUAAUUCUACUUAUUAAAAAGUAAGGCUCAACGAGAGUUUGAAGACAGAGAGUACUAUAAAUUUUGUGUGAAAAUAUGACGAGAAUAAGACUUGUCAAGAAGACCUUCUUUGCGGCUAAUCGUGUGAUGAUCCUGUUCGUCAUAUUUGUCGCCCUACUCGAACAGUGUCUAGCGAGCAGCUUGGGAUCUAAAUGCCAACAUGACAUGGACUGCACAGAUUUCAUAAAAGGCAGUACGUGUUCGAUGAAUGGAUAUUGUGAGUGCGCGCCAUAUUUUGUCCAGUACAACGUAACGACUUGUUUGUCAUCGCAACUACUUGGAGGGGACUGCACUUUGGCCGAUCAGUGCACGAUGAAAGUGGCCAACAGCAGUUGCUUGGAUGGAGCUUGUCGUUGUGUGGAAGGAUUCUUGCAGUUCCGGAAGCAUACAUGUCUUGGACCUGCUCAUCCAGGAGCUGUUUGCUACAGCCACGCCCAUUGCCAAAUGAAUGACAAAAGAAGCCAUUGUGAUUUUUUGAUUCCCAAUUUGUUUGGACGUUGUCAAUGUACCUCACCUGCUAAACAAUAUGGAGGCAUGUGUAUUGCAGAUGAUAGUUCCGUUGAAGCCGAUGUUGUAUUAAGUCGAACUACAACCUAUGCACCAUUGAUAACUCCACCUCCAACUGUCUUCAGACCUAUCGAUCUGAUAUCUCACUAUGAGUUGUCGACGCAAGGCAAACCAUUGUUGGUCAACAAUGACGAAAUCAUCAACCAACCUUCGUCUACAGAGAAUCAAGUUGAAUUUACAAAACUGCCUGAAUUUUCUGUAAGUUCUUCAAGUGAACAGGCAGGUGGUGAGGAUUUAACAGCUGAUACUGAAGCAUUAGAUAUCCUAAAUACUUAUUUCACAACAAGUUCAACACCAGGAAUGGAAGCAGAAGUUGCACAGCAAGCUAUUACGAGUGAUGAUUAUCCUUAUAAAAUUGACAUCGAAGAACCAACAAGUAUCAAUGAAGAAGAUACAGAGCAGGUUGAAGAAAAUCCACACGUGCCUGUUGUUUCAGCGGAUGAAGUUGUAAUAACGCCACAUGAAGAAACAAAUGAGAUUACAAAAUUGGAAAGUGAUAUUUUAGUUCAUGAGGAUACUGAGUUAGAACAAAAACCUAACGAAGAUGUACAAACCGCCCAAAAACCUGAAAUUCAGCCCGAAGAAACAGUUACUUUGGCCAAUAUUGAACAAGAAUCAAACGAACAUCAACACUCUGAAGUAGAAGAAGGAAAACCAGCAGAUGAGUUACAACCUGAACAAGAAACAGCAACAGAAAUUUCAGCUGAAGUCGAACAAAAAACUGAAGCCAUUCAACAAAAUGAAGAAGACGUUAAUUCUGUAGUUUCCGAAGAGAAGCCAGAGGAAAAUUUGGAAAUCAGUAAUGCACCUGAACAAGGCUUGGACGCGACAAGUACAAUUGGACCAUUGCAACACAUCUCGGAAGAAGUUGAAGAGCAUGAAGAUAGCCCAGAAAAAACCGAACUACAGGAUAAUAUUAAUCAAUCCGAGGAAUUGUCAUCGAGUCAAGAAAAAACCGAGGAAAACAUCAAUUUACCAGAACAAUAUAAAGAGGAAGAAACACAAACUGAACAGGUAGCUGAAUUAGAUAAUAUUCAAACAUCGAAACCCAUUGAAGAGUCUGUAGAGCAGGAGUUACCACAUGGAGAAAAUCUUUCUUCACCUUUGCCAGAAAGCGAACUUGUAGAAGAACAUGUGUCUCAAACAAAUCAAGAGAUUUCAGAACCAUUAAACUUAGAAUCUCAAGAAGAAAGCGAUAACAAUAUUGUUCAGAACCACCUUAAGCAGCCAAUCGAAAUGAAUUAUGAUUUGGAGCAAGAACAUUCAGAGUUUAACUCUGAUGAAAAGGAUAAAAACACUCUUGAAGAACAGACUGCAAGCACAGGAGGACAAAUGGAAGAAUCACACUAUAGACCCAGUUCAGAUGUACAUGGCCAAGAAGAAGGUACAAUUGUUGAUGAAGAAGUAGAAGCACAUACAGAAGCUAAUCUAGAUUCAACUCUAACAAGUUCCCAAGAACAUGUCGAAGAUGAAUUAGAAAUUUCUUCCAAUGUCGAAAAGGAGAGCGAAGAUAUCGAAACAAAUAAUGAGGAAGGUGAAAAGGUUUCAGUUGUUGACAUUCACCAAACAGGUCAAGAAAGUCUAGGCUUACCGGCUCUAGACGAAGAAGUUGUUCAAGACAAAAUUGAAGAACAUAUUCAAGAAGAAGCUCCUCAAGAACCAAACUCAGAACAAUCAAUUGAUGAAGAUCAAAAAGAAGCUGUUCAGGAAGAAAAUUUGGAUGAACAAGUACCACAGGUGGCUAGUUCAGAAAAAUCAGUUGAAGAAAUAGAAGCAGAAGUAGCUGCAAUAACUGAAAGUAUUCAAGAAAUUGUUCCACAUGAAUCAAUUGUAGAGCAAUCAAAUGAAGAAGCAAAUGUGGCUGAAGAAACUGUCCACGAAGAAAAUAUCCAAGAGCAAGUUCCUCAAAAACCAAUCCCAGAGCAAUUAACUGAAGAAGAAAAAAUUACUGAAGAAGAAAUUACUGAUAAACCACACGAAAACGAAGAUCCAGAAAAUACACCCACAGAGCAACCUAUCAGCGAAGAAAUUAAGAAAGACGACAUUUUUGAAAUAAUUGAAGAAGAUUCCCAAACUGUUUCUGAAGAGGAUAAUAAAGUGAACACAGUUGACCAAGAGCAAAGUAAUUCAGAUAUAAGCGAAGGUGUAGAUUUAGCUGAAGCUCAUGAACAGACGCAUGCGUCUACACAGGAGCAGGACCAACAAAUAGCAAUUGAAGAUCAACAAGAAGUAGCACAUCCUCCUACGGCUGUUCAAGAAACAAUAGAAGAAUUGCUUCAGGAAGCCGCUCAAGCUCUUGCUGAAAAAGAUGCAGAAGAACAGAACAAAGAAGAAAUGCAGAGUUUAACUGAGAAACCAGUGCUCGAGAAUGAAGAUGAGGGUCUUCAAACUCUUCAAGAAGAAACAAUACAACUAGCUGCUCUAGAUGAUUUAAUUUACUUGCCAGAAAAUCCAUCAGUAGCAUCUGAAGAAAAAGAAGAAUCUAAGCCACAAUCGAAUGAAAAAGAAUCAGAUUCAAAAGUACAAAUAAAUCCAAUUAUUGAAGGUGAAAUACCCGAAAUUAACACUGAAGCUGUUGAAACAGAAUCGUUACCCGAAUCAUUGUCCGAAAAAGUAAUCCAAAUAUCUUCGGAUGAAGUUCAAGAUCAAACACAGCAAAUUGAUCAAUCGACAGAAAGUAUUUUACAAAACGAACCUUUAGAAGCACUUCCAGCUGAAGUUGUUACAGAGGAAGUUUUUAACAAAGACUCUGAUCAAGAAGUUGUGGAAAAAGAGAUAGUCCCAAUAACCUUGCAAGACCUCUUACAAGGGGGGUCACAAGAAGUACUUCAGAACAAUGUCCAAAAUUCAGCCGAAGCGAGUGAAGCAGAAAGUGAAAUUCCUCAAUAUAAUCAAGAAACACAGGAAGCUGAACAUGCAACAGAAUCUUUUGUAAAUGCUGAAAUUUCAAAACUUGAUGAGCAUGAAAUAGAAUCAAAACCAGAUCUCACGGCUUCAAUAGGUGUCCCUCAAGGGAUUAGUUCCGAUGAAGCUAUAUCUCAUGAAAAUCAAUUACUCGAAUCCGAAGAAACUCCAAUCGCACCCGAGAAAGAUGAAGAUACAAAAGAGACAGUGUUGGAAAAUGAAAGUUCAAACGAAACUAUCCAACAAGUACAUGACUUAGAAAACAUUAUCGAAGGCGCCGAACCUUCAAAUGACGCAAAUGACAAUAACCUAGUUAGCUCCGUUGAAACAUUGCCAAGCAAAAUACCCACAGAGACAGUAGAGACCAACUCAGGUGACGAAACUUUGGCACUAGAUGAGAAUCCAAUUUCCAGCAAUGAAAACACUAUAAGCGAGUCAAUUGAGAAAACUGAAAGUGAUAAUACACUUGGUGUCCAUCCAAUCAAUGAGGUGAAAGAGAUCGAUACUGAAGUAAAAAAGAUCAAAGAAGACAACGAUGGUAUAUUAGAAAACGAUGAAGCGACAACUGUACGCUCGGAAUCUGAGCAAAAUUCUGAUCACGAACCACUUGUCCACCCAACUUUCGAAUUGGAAGAAACACAAGAAGCGAUGGAAAAUGUUCAUGCUAAUGUUAAUGACAAAACACCAACGGACACCAUUGAAGAAGCAAACGAAACGCAAACUGGAGCGAAUGCCAAUGAAAGUGAACCUGACACAACUGAAUACGUGCCUUUGGCAGCUGCAGAGAGUGAAACAUUGGCCACACCUGUGGCUGAUGUUGAACCCGAGUUCAGUGAAAUUGAAAAGUUUGAACAAUUUGAAGAUCAUCACUUGAUCAAUGAACAUACAGAGGUUGACAAUGAUAACGAAGACAAUUUGGCUGAAGAAGCUGCCGUCACCACUAAUAGUCCUAUCCUUGAACUACAGUCAUCUCCAAUCGCCUCUGAGGAAAGCAUUGAUAAUGAUUUGAAAGCUUCAGGAGACGCCUCAGACUUCAAUGAAAACGAAUCAGUUUUAAGCAUUUUGAGCGGAUUAUUAGAAAACGACGAAGAAGGUUCUGGAGGAACUCCACAACCAUCGAGUUCAAUCGAUGAUCUUAAAGCUGAAGAAACCGUGCACAGUGAGCAGACCCCAGCUACAGGUUCAUACUAUCCAUCUGUGCUGUCCGACUUGCUUCUGAGUACAAAGGCUGAAGAGCAAUCAGAUAACAAACUCACAACAUCGGGUCCGCAAAGUGAUAAACAGGAAGACGAAGAGAUCGCACCUGAAGAGCUUCCUUUCGAUCUGUCGUUUGUAUCUCCAAGCGACCAUGAAGAACUGAUGUCCGAUAAUUUGGUCGUUGAAACAACCCCAGGUUUUGCCUCGGAGAGCAGCAGCGAAGAAAGCGUUACAACUGAAGUACCUGAUAUUUUGGAGAUUACAACCCAAACAAUGCUUGGCUUGGCUAGUCGGGUAACUUUAAUGGAGCCAGCUGCUCCAGUAGCCACAACUUUGAAACCUUUUAUGACAAUGGACGAAGAUUUCUCCACAACUUCAUCUUCGAUGAACAUUGAUUCUUUGAUAACUUCGAAGCCAGUUCGCAAGCGUGUAGAACUUGGAAAUGGUCCGGUUUCUUUAGGUUUGAGUUGUAACAACGACAAACAGUGCCAACUGGCUGACCCAAAUACCGUCUGUUCGGACCAAGGAAUAUGCGAUUGUGCCUCUAAAACAGCAGCCAAGUGCAGUGCCGAACGUACUGGUUGCAGUGCAGGAACAUUCCAGUGCCGCUCGAGUGGAGUUUGUAUUUCGUGGUUCUUCGUAUGCGACGGCCGCCCAGACUGCACAGAUGCCUCCGACGAGGAAUGCACUUUUAAUGCACGACUUAACCAAACAUGCCCGACAGAAUCAUUCCGCUGUGAGCACAGUGGACGGUGCAUAAGUCGUGCCGCACUUUGUGAUGGCAAAAAACAAUGCCCACACGGAGAGGACGAAAUCGAAUGCGACUCCUUAAGGACCGAAGGUGGCCAAUGCCCACCGCACACGUUCCGCUGCAACAGUGGCGAAUGCCUGCCCGAAUAUGAGUACUGCAAUGCAAUUAUCUCGUGCAAGGAUGGCAGUGACGAGCCGCCACAUCUCUGCGGAUCACGAUCUGUGCCAAAUAUCUUCCUCAGGUUGCUCACCGCUGCUGUGGUUGAUGAUGGUGCUAGCGCUAAGAACAGCCGCAGCGGAAUCAAUGCCUAUUGCCCGCACAGGUGCAGCAACGGGCGAUGCAGAUCGACAGCCAUUGUUUGUUCAGGUCGUGACGGCUGCGGUGAUGGAACAGAUGAAGAGACCUGUUCUGUUUGUCGUUGUCCCGCCCCAGCUCAUGCCAGUACCCCUGCCGAGAUUCUAGCGCAGCAACCCUCCAUGCCAUUGUGGAAAUGAUUAGAAACUUUCCUCUAACACAAGUCAACGUCAUUAAACACACAAACAACAUAAAAACAACAUUAACCAGCACACGAGCUCCAUCUAGGCGGUUGUUUUGUUUGUUACAUUUCGUUACAAAUUUAAGUUUUGUGUUGUGUUAAUUCUAUAAGUAAAAUUUUAGACUCAAAUUGUCAAUUGACGCCUUGCUAGCAAAGGACAUUUUAAUUUUAUAUUCAAAUUGAAAUGAAUAAUUUAUUCUCAUAUUUAAUUAUUUUAAAGUAAACGUAUUUUUGGUAAACAAAAACAAAUAUUUAAACAAAAUAAAAACAAUACGAGUUUAACUUCGAAGUUGAUUCUCGUUUUUUGUCCUUUGAUCUAGUGAUGCAGACAAUUGCAAUUGAAUGUAAUUUUAUUUAACUUAUUUAAAUUUUUGUAUUGUGGCUCUUUUCAUUAAUUCUUAAGACAUUUUUUAAAUGUUAUUUUAUAUUAUUUAAUAUCUAUCUAAAUAAUUUUUUGUUUUCUUUUUAUUUUAAUUUUCCAUUAAAAAUUCUAUGUAUGUAUAUAGGUACACGUUGAAAUGUUCUUCUACUCCUAAUGUAAUGAAAUUUUAAAAUUUUCUUUUUUCAUCAAAUAUAAAAAUAAACACAAAAAAAAACAAAAUA